AUGACCGAUCUACUCGCCUUACAAAUGACGCGCAAGGCCCUCAUCGAAGGGAAGGCCGAUGCCCGCACCAGGGCUGCACAGGCGAUCUCAUCACGAACCUCACAACUGUACAAGGAUGUGCCCACCGCCGAGGCGGAAGAAGUGGUAGUGCUCGAAUUACGCGGUGUCGAAGAGCAGCUGCUGCGCAGCACUGCAGCAGUCUACCGCCGGGCCGGCCUCCUAUGCAUACGUGCGGUGUGUGCUGGUCUUCCGCCGCAACCACUGGGCAGCGACCUGCUCAUGGACUUACUUUGUCCUGUGCUGCACAGCAUGGGCGACGCGGACCCGAUUGUCCGCAUUGCCGCCAUCGAAGCGUGCUACGAACUUGUGCGCCACCACGGGGCAGAGGCGUGGAGGGCGCGAUUCACGGACCUCUUCACUGCACUCUCCAUCGCUGUGAGCGACCGCGACAAGCGCGUGUUUCUGCUAGCUGAGGAGGUCUCGUGUACACUAAAAGAGUCGGUGAGCCGUAACGGCGCUUCUGCGGUGGACAUGAACACCUUUGCCUCCUUUGUGUCCGACACGCUAGGCAACUACACGUCGACGUCGGGACCGCUUGUGGUCGACGUGGGCGCGGCCGUGUCUCAGUGGGUCCUUCAGUGGCUGCGGUUUGUGCUGGAACUGCCGGGCUGCCACUUCGCCGCCUCCAUGGCGUCGCUCCUUCGCGUACUGCUCGCCGCCUCUGUCAGCAACGACACGAACGUGUUUGACAUCCUGCAUGAAUGCCGGCACGGUGUCUCACAACACUAUUCCGCCGAGACAGCAGCGGAUGUAUGCGAGGUAGUGGGGGCCUUGUGUACAUGUGUACACGACACAACAUCUGCACGGACGCGCGUGUUCUGCCUGGAGUGGUUGUCAGAGCUCAUCCACCUCGCAAUUCAUGACGACAUUUUCCAACGCCACGUGCCCCGUGUUCUGCAGGCGACACUGCCUGAGCUGAGCUCGGUCGAUGGCUCCACACAUGCAGCGGCCGUCACCACUAACCAGGAGGUGCAACACGCGAUUGUGUCUGUCGGGGACGGCGUGUCGGCCGGAGUGAUAGACCUGCUUUUUCGGAGCGUAUUGGAGAUGCUUGACAGCGGUGCUGGGGAGGAGACGCUCAUUGGCGGACUAGAAUGGCUCCUUGUCCUGCACCACCUUGCGCCUGCGACGUCGGAGAAUCUACUUUGUAACGUGCUAGGGCGGAUUACCAUGUUGCUCGACGUCGCUUCAGAGAACGUGGCCCUCCGAGGCACCGAGGUGGCAUGCGUGCUCACGAACAACGGCCACUUUUCGGAUCUGGUGCAGCUCGUGCUGCAGCGGCUGUUGCACCACAAUUACGAUGGGCAGCUGCUGCGGCGCUUCCCCGAUAUCGUGCGCCGGUUACACACGCUGCGCAGCGGGAUCGAGGAGGAGGGCUUCAGAGAGGGCGUGCUCGUCCACUUCGCACGGGCGUUGUCUGACAUGACCGACUUGCGAUUUGUGAGCAAGGUGGUGCUCUCCCUCCAAGCCAUGCUGGCCACCUUCCCUGAGCUUGAUGAUGUUCGGACACUGCUGCGCCGCGGGCUGACAAACGCAGACACGGCGGAGAUGUUCUCGACGCUGCUGCCGUGCUGGCGAUACAACGCUGUAGCGCUGCUGUCGCUGGGACUGCUGUGUCGUCACUUCGUCUUCACCCGGCGCAUCUGUGAGCAUCUCGGGGAGGUUGAGAUGUCUGUUGCCACGUACGUGCAGCUCGAUCACUUGGUGCAACAACUAGAGUCGUCUACCUUCACCUUUUUGCGCGUGUCCCUGUUGCACCCCGCAGCAUGUCCGGCGCUGGUGCAGACGCUCUACGUACUGCUCCUUCUCCUUCCGCAAUCGUCACCUCAUUAUGCGGUGCUUUCCCGUCGCCUGCAGCCUGUCACAGUGCUGGUGCAGCUGGACAAGGUGGCCCCCGAGCCCCUCGCAACAGCAGCCCAGGUCGAGGUCUCUGCCGCCCAUUGGGGCCAAUACAUAUCUGCUCAAGAAGCGCUUCUGCAGUAUGAGCAAACGUUGUGA